CUGCACCCUUCCAUGGGGACGGCCAAGUCCCCAAGAGGAUGGCAGUCUGGGCGACCGAGCCAGCGCCUGGGCAGCCUGUGAGCUCUCUGCAUCCCAGCACAGGGUGAAGCCUGAGCCCUCGAAUGGCCAACACCACAGAGCUGAACGCCCCAGAAGUCGCAGCCUCAAUAGGGUUGAUCCUGGCGGCUGUCGUGGAGGCGGCAGCACUUCUGGGCAACAGCGCACUUUUGGUCGUGGUGCUGCGCACGCCGGGACUGCGCGACGCGCUCUACCUGGUGCACCUGUGUAUCGUGGACCUGCUGGCGGCCGCCUCCAUCAUGCCGCUGGGCCUGCUGGCAGCACCACCGCCGGGGCUGGGCCGCGUGCGCCUGGGCCCCGCGCCCUGCCGCGCCGCGCGCUUCCUCUCGGCGGCGCUGCUGCCCGCCUGCACGCUCGGUGUGGCCGCGCUCGGCCUGGCGCGCUACCGCCUCAUAGUGCACCCACUACGGCCCGGCGCGCGGCCUCCGCCCACCCUCGUACUCACCGCCGUGUGGGCCGCGGCGGCGCUUCUGGGCGCGCUCUCCCUGCUUGGGCCGCCGCCCGCACCGCCCCCGGCCCCGGCUCGCUGCUCGGUCCUGGCCGGGGGCCUCGGGCCCUUCCGGCCGCUCUGGGCGCUACUGGCCUUCGCGCUGCCCGCCCUCCUGCUGCUCGGCGCCUACGGCAGCAUCUUUCUCGUGGCGCGCCGCGCUGCCCUGAGGCCCCCACGGCCCGCGCGCGGGUCCCGGCCGCGCUCCGACUCUCUGGAUAGCCGCCUCUCCAUCUUGCCGCCCCUCCGACCUCGCCUGCGCGGGGUCAAAGCAGCCCUGGCCCCAGCACUGGCUGUGGGCCAGUUCGCAGCCUGCUGGUUGCCUUACGGCUGUGCGUGCCUGGCGCCCGCUGCGCAGGCCGCAGCGGCCGAGGCGGCCGUCACCUGGGUAGCCUACUCGGCCUUCGCCGCUCACCCCUUCCUGUAUGGCCUGCUGCAGCGCCCCGUGCGCCGAACGCUGGGCCGCCUCGCCCGCCGAGCGCUGCCCCGGCCUCCGCGGGCCUGCACUUCGCGGGCCUGGCACCUUCGCGCACUCCUGCAGCACCUCCAGGGACCUCCAGAGGGCCCUGUUCUAGGCUCUUCUGAGGCACCAGAACAAACCCAGGUUUUGGCAGGAGGAGAGAGCCUGAGCAUGCCAGAGGCCACCUGAGAGAUCUGUCUGUUAAGCUGAGCAGGGACCGGAGAAAGCAGGGUGGUAUCAGAAGGGGCCCAUCCAGCCUCCUGCACAGCGUGUGGCAAAUGCCCUGCCUGGACUUCUGGCUCUGGAAUGGGAGAAAGGAGGCCUGCAGCCUAGUAAGGCCCAGAGGCUUCUAGGAGCUCGGAAUCCUGGGUUCUGGACCCAUCUCUUCAUGACCUUGAGCACAGACUUACCCUUCCCUAGGUCUGUUUUCCCAUCUGUGUCUUGGACCAUCUCUAAGGGCUCCUCCAGCUUGGGUGAUUUGGACACUCAUGGAUGGUCCCCGGGCCAAGGAAGGAGCAGAGGUGGGCAGGAUCACAGUGAAGAGGGCCCUAAGGGCUCACAGCCAAAGGGAUGGGCCAAGCAGAACAGGGUCUGGGUUACAGCCACAGCAAGAGGAACCAGUGGGGAGACACCCAGAAAGAACCCCCACCCUCCUGACAUCUGCACCCAGGAGAGAUUGGACAAAACUACCGGAGCUCCUCCAUCAGCUUCUAAAAUGCUCGGAAAACAACCGUAUCUACUUGGUGCCAGCAGCAGGAGGCUGGACAACAUGACCCCCAAGGAGCCCUGAAGCUCUAGAACUGGCAUGUGGAAGGGGCUGAAGCCCAACCGCGGCUGUUGGAGUCACAGGUGGGGAUCCUCUGGGGCCUCCCUUAGCUACACCCUUUUUCUGGAGGUUUUGCCAACACCCACAGUGUUUCACAGCUUCCUGGUCUCUGAGAACAUUUAUUCAAAAACAGGGAUUGAAAAAACUGUA